AACGGAUGAAUGUUGUAGAACAGGGGUUAUGGCGAGCAUCAGUGUUUUAUUACAGCAGGAGCUGCUGUCUCACCAGGUCUCACCACACAGCCACCACCGCCCACAUCUCUAAUUAAUAUAAAUGUUCCAAAAAUUCUUCAGACCUAUCUGAUUAAGUUGUGCAAACAUCUUUAGGAAGCUCGUCCAAGUAUGAAAGAGAUCUGAAACAGAAUAUUCCUGAAACUGGAUUUAAACUGAACUGAAAGUUUUCAGUUCCUGGUGUUGAGGGAGGGGUAGGGUCGGUUCCGUCAUGAACGACCCGUCCGGUUCUCGCCUUUUCACUUGAAAGCUGCUAAAAUCUCACUCUCCUGUUGGCAGAUGGAUGACAUAGACGUCAUGUUCAGUGAUCUGCUCGGGGAGAUUGAGGAUCUCUCACAGAGUCUGACACAAGCAGCAGAUGCUCCAGUUGCCGCUCCGCACGAGAGAAACUUCUCCAUCGGCUUGAACGGUAAGUGAUCUUUUGUUCCAGGAAUCCCAAGCCAAGAAAGCAGAAGUUAAAAAGGCAAACAACCGAGAGUCACGCCGCCCUGAUGUAGGAGGAUGUGGAGGCGAGGGCGAUCCUGGGUGGGGAGCAGAGGGACGACCAUAACAAAGUACAAGCAGACUAUCAGUUUAGGACAGGAAAAAGGAAUAAAUGAUCAUUUUAUUUAUCUGUCCAGAUUCAGAGAUGUAACAUCAAAUGUAGCUUUAUGACGUGGAGAGUGUUCUCAGUUUGUUUACCAGGCUGACCCCCUAAGUGAAGAAGACUGAGAAGUGACAUGUUUAGUAGCUGCUAGCUUUUAACUCUUUAUCUUACCAAUCGGCUUUAAAUACACCGAGUUCCUCCCAUGUUCACAUGUUAUUUUAAAAUAGAGACACAUUAGUAGCUCUAGUCUAGUAAACACUGGGUGUUCUUUUACUCCACGUGAUGCUGAAACUUGGGCCGGUUCAUGCUUGCUCCAUAACUUUAAGUAUUGAUUCCAGAGUGUCUUAAUGCUGGAGGACCAUGACCUAGACUCUCUGGUGGCUGACCUAGCCUGCAAGUUCACACUAGAGUCUGUCCACCAUGAAGAGAUCAGCAGCUGUACAGAUGGCCAAACCACAACACCACCCCAGGACUCUAAGCUAGCUGCUGACAGUCCUACGCCUAGAGGGGAGCCUCAAAUGAAAGCAGACAAAAUUAGACUGGCUCUGGAGAAGCUGAAAGAAGCCAAAGUGAGGAAGUUGGUAAUAAAGGUGAUGAUGAGCGACAGAAGCUCCAAGAUUCUGAUGGUGGAUGAGAGGCAGACGGUGCGAGAGGUUCUGGACAAGCUGUUUGAGAAGACUCGUUGUGACGGUAGCAUUAACUGGAGCCUGUGUGAAACCAAUCCUGAGCUGCAGAUUGAAAGAGUCUUUGAGGAUCAUGAAUGUCUGGUGGAGCUGCUGUCUGUCUGGACCCGGCAGAGUGAGAACAGGAUCCACUUUGUCUCCAGACCUCAAAAGCAUGUGAUGUUCACGGAGCCUCAGCUCUUCUUCAUGUGGAGAAAGAAGAAAGCUAGUCUGAGUGGGAUGAAGAGCCAGGCCAGAGAGCUUCUGAUAAAAGAGCACUUUGGGGGAUCUACUCUGAUCGUCCCUGACCUUGAAGGUACUUUAUAUCUGAAGGAGGAUGGAAAGAAGGUUUGGAAGCCUCGGUACUUCCUGCUUAGGGCCUCAGGGAUUUAUUAUGUACCCAAAGGGAAAACAAAGUCAUCCACCGAUCUGGCCUGCUUUGUUCGUUUUGACAGAGUCACUGUCUACCUGAGCAGCAACUACAAGCACAAGUACAAAUCCCCCACCGACCACUGCUUCAUCUUGAAGGUUGGACUAAGGAAGCAUCCCUGCAUCCAGAAGGAGUCCCCCCACAUCAAGUUUCUGUGCUGUGAGGACGAACACACACUGUUGCUCUGGGUAACCUCCAUCAGAAUAGCCAAGUAUGGCACAGCUUUGUAUAAGAACUAUCAGGCUGCAUUAAAGAGGACAUCGACUCUGCAUACUCUCCAAUCCACUGCACACAAAGACAUGGUUAUUGGUCACGGCCAACUGGGAGGCUCAAACCCAGCUCCAUCAUCAAACAUGGAGGACUACCCACAUGAGCCUCCACCUGAUUUCAUCCCUCCUCCUCCUCCUGGACACGUUUGAGACAAACCUCCACGCCGCCAGUCGCUUAGAAGACGAGUUAUUUAUUCACAAACAUCCAUAACUGUUUCAAUGAGGUGUUUAUUACAAAAAGACUGUACAUAAAUUGCAAUCAACACAUCCUAUGUACAAAUGGAGAUGACAGACAUUAAAUUCUGCUCCUGGCAACA